AUGCUGGCAUCGAGAAACCACGCAGGCAAUGUUACCAAGAAGCGACUGCGAUAUAUUUGCCCAGAAUGUCGGACACAUGCUCUGCUUUCAACAUUUCUCUGGCGCAACCAAGGAAAUAGAUCCGCUGCCUCUGCACCGAUCCGUGGGCAGUUCAGACAACAUGGAAAGCCAUUCAGCACAUUAAGCCCUCGCCUGGCGUCACUCGAGACCUCUCAAGCCUCCUCCGACACUUUUCGAAAUAUCCCAUUAAGCUCAACCACUGCGCGGGGCCCUUCAUCAUCGUCGACGAAUACCGCCGUCUCUUCUGAUUCAGUUAUACGCAACCACUUAAGAGCAUGGAGCGCGGAGAACAACAAGAAAAAGAGGAAAGAGGCGGAUGCACACAGCGAUUCCCUCAAGCUCAAACGACUCACUGUACUACCAAAUUCUCUGUUCAUCGAAGAAGCAAGCCUCAGUGACAACACACUGGGCGAGGAUGCAGAGUCGGGUGCGGAUGACCUCCCUGAGACAUGGGAAGAUGCUGUAGAGGGUGGCAAUGUCCCUCAUCUCGACCCGGGCGAUUUGAUAUGGUGGCAGCCUGGCAAAUACACGGCUGGCGCUGGUCGCUUUGCCCGCUCGCAACUGGCCAUUUUCCUGGGCACACUGGGUUGGCAGCGUCAGUAUUUAUUAUCUGACGGUCGCUGGGUUGUUGAAAAGUCGGUUCAGCAGCCCAGUCCGCGUUACAAACAAUUCGCUUCCCAGCAAGAAAUCGAGCAGGUGCGGAAGCAUCUGCCAGUCAAGCCACUUGAGAUGCAGGCCACAGGUUUUGACGUCAAGAUGGGCUACAGCUUUGCUGGCGAUCUUCCCUCUAUCGACUCCGAAGUUUUGAUAAGCCGCCUUGCUCAGUUCGUCGACGACAUGUCCACGUGGAGGCGAGAGAACAUGGCUCUUCUCGACUCGCUUUACGAACGGAUCGCCAACGAAGACAGGUAUAUAUCCCUGUCGUACGAGCAAGUUGUGAACAAAUUGCUCGGUGUCAAGUACUCCGAAGCACCUCCUGCGGCACUCUUUACUAUCUAUAGGGCGCUGCGAAGGAAGCAUGCUGCUCAGAUUACUGUCCUGAAGAAGACUCACUAUCCCUCUGCAACUGUAGCUAUUAUGCCCAAAAGGUUGGCAAGGCGCUUUGACCAAGUUUGUACAUGGGCUCGAGAAUACCAGGAGGCUGCUGCUGCCGCCGCUAUGGGCAAAGAUGUGGCCGGUGCUCUCGCACGCAAUCCCCUGACUACCUUCGUUACAAAGGCGAGGCGGUUGAUCUUAAAGAGCCGCACCCUACGGUCUCCCACCACAAUUGGCAGUCUUGGACCCAGCUCCAUCCAGCCUACAGACCUUGAGGACGGCAAGAUUCCCGUCAAAGAGAAUGAUGAAACAUUCACAGAAGAGGACAAGAUGUUCCUAGAAUUUCUUUGGGACUGCUAUGUUCGCUACCCUCCACCAGACAACAACCGAAAUCUUGCCAUUGCUUCUUUGAUCCUUCGAGCUAUCGGCGCAUACCCCAAGCUUCGUCUCGACCAAAACAUGGGUUGUCUAUUGCUGCAAGAGUUGGGAACUCUACCACCAUGGUUUCUUCGUUCCGACCAUAAUGUAACGCUUGAGAUUCCAGGCGGUAGAGGUAGUCACGAGCUGACGCGCAUCUAUGACGAGGCUGAUCGCUUCUGUCACGACUCAGGUCUGAGCAAGUCACUCGAUCAUGGUCUGCUCGUAGACUCCAUGGCAGGCCUGAGACAAGAUUUUGACCAUCUGCCGGUUUAUUGCAUCGACGCUGGCGAAACAAAUAUCAGAGAAGACGGUUUUUCGAUCGGACCUAGCAGCGAGAUCCCAGGUGCAUACUGGAUACAUGGCCAUGUAUCGCACCCUACGGCUUUCAUUGACCCAGAUCACAUCAUAGCACAGCGUGCCCUGAAACUUACCGCGAGUGUCUUUCAUAACACUUACGUUGCACGUAUGGUCCCCGACAGCUUCACACGAGCACUUUCCCUGCGCUCUGGUUCGCCAGCCAUCACUAUCAGCACUCUUAUCACGGAAGAUGGUGAUGUCAAAGACAUUCAGAUUCGGCCGACCACGCUUAGAAGUGUGAUACACCUCACUAAUGCUGCAGUGGAACAGGUUCUUGGGAAACCCGAAUACGAAGCCGCCACUCUUUCAUUAGGGCCCCAAGCUGGACUACCGCCUAAAUCUUUGCAACAAGCAGCACCGGCAGAUAUCGAAAAAGCCCAGGCGCACCUCGACGAUCUUCAAAGACUUGAGAAGUACCUCCUCGCUCGAGAGGAGAGUCGCCGAAGAAGUGUGGCCGUGGCGCCGGAUUGGGAAGUGCAGGGGAGCCUUUCGACUCAAAGUUACGUUCACAUAACGGGCAGCCGAUUUGACGAAGACAGUUUAUUCCGAAGCCAGCAAUAUCAGGGCGAUCCUGCAAUUAGAAUCACCGUGUCGCGCUACAUGCGAUUGAAUCGGGUCAAAGAAAUGCCGCAGUACGUUACGUUGACAGCCUUAUGUGGAGACCUGGUUGCAGAGUCGGCUGGCAAGUGGUUUCAGGACCGGAAGCUCCCUGCGUGUUUCUUCGGAUCCUCGUACGCUGCAGACUUCCCCCCCUCGAAGCUCAAUAAACUGGGGCGCGGUGAACAUGCAGAGUACCCGUCCGGCAAGCUAUCGUCCUCACCCAUACCACAUGUCCACAAAAGCCAUCAAGUCCAUUUGUGGUUCAGCAAUCCUCUUCGACGCUAUCCCGACUUGAUGGCCCACUGGCAGGCCGAUGCCUACCUCCGUGCCGAAGCGAGUGGCGCCAUCCAGCCGGGUGAUCCGGGCGACAGGGUGGACUUGCCCAUCUCAAAGGAGCUGGUGGACAAGUUCAUAGUCGAGCAUUCGCCCAGAAUGUACGAAUGGGCACGUGAGAUCUCGCGCAACGAGAGAAAGCACUGGAUCACGCAAGCACUGUUCCGCGCGUUCCACUUCAGGGAGGCAGAACUCCCAGAGGUGUGGGAUGUGAACGUGACCUCUGUCAAUUCCACCCGGACUCGACCUGACGACAGCGGGCUCAGAGGCGUCCUCCUCCCUUUCAAUGUCUACGCGGUCAUUCUGGCCUCGAAUGACGGGUGGGAAAAGGGCGUCAAGUAUCGUUCCUUUUUGCCGGUGAAACUGGAACUCGUCGACCUGGUCCAGAAAACCGUGGUCGUCCGCGCCGUCGGUCCACCAAGCGAGACUUAUACUCAGUCCGGCAGCAUCCACAUCACGCCCAAAGUCCACUCCAUGGUUUCUAAUGGAGCUGAGUCUUCUGAGGCUGGCCCCUAUGAGGAGGUAGACCCUGCAAAGGACACCGAGACCGCCUAA